AUGGCGAAGCGCUGCAGCACCAGAGCUGUAAUUCAAAUCUUCCUGACAGGAAUGUGCCUGGCGACAGCAAUCACGGCGUUCACCUUCGCGUUCGUGUUUGAGCAGUUCAUGGACCAGAUGACUGAGAACUACCGUGGUGAACUGCGUUCCGACAACUUGCCGUGCAUCCGAAGUACCCUGGACGGCUGCGCCAUUAAUGGACAGGACUCCGACAAGUGCUGGGAUCGAUGCUGCCCACCGGGCUACUUCUGUUCACGCUCACCCAUUGUCGGACUGUACUGCCAGCACGGCCUGACCUUCUGUGGCGACACCAAUUGGUGCCGCGAUUUUGCAGACAUCUCGCGGACCUGCUCGACCUCAGUCUGCAAGACCAACCAGAUGGUGACUCGCGUGACUGCGUGGUCCUACAUCUUAGCCGCCCUGGGCAUCUUCCUAGACCUGGUGGACAUCAUCACCAUCUUCACACUGCCAGAUGCCGUCGUGUUCAAAGCGGCGACCAACGUUUUCUCCAGCCUCGUGAAGUGGUUGGCAUUUGGUCUCGUGGUCGGUGCCGGCACACAGGGGUUCAUGGCAGAGCUCGAGCUUGGCAGGUGUUUCAACGGCAAUGGCAUGCAGCUGGUGGCAGAUGCGGGCGGCCUCUUCGUCUCCUAUGCAAUCGUGCAAGUUGUGAGCGCCACGCUGAGUCUCGUCCUCGCGCCCUUCUCUGCCUACUUCGGCGGGCUUCUAGGACGAAGUUAA